GCUUUGCUUUGCUUUGCUUUGCCUUCCACCACCAGGACCAUGUCCACUACAUUUUCGAGCCGCAGCCUGACUUUCUCUGGCAGUGUGCGCGGACCCAGAUCGGGGAGUGCACUGAGCAUAGCCAGGCCUCAAACAGUCUCAAAUAUCUAUGGGGUCAUGACUAACCUUCCACCCUCAGUCAAAGAUGCCAUGGCACAGAGAUAUGGGCCAGAGACCGACAUCCUCGACGUCAACCAAAAAGGCACCAUGCAGAAUUUGAACGAUCGCCUUGCUGCAUACCUAGGAAGGGUACACUCUUUGGAGGAAUCUAAUGCACAACUGGAGCAGAACAUCCGGGAAUACUAUGCAAAGCGGGCAUCAGCUAGUGGCCCGGAUCUGAGUGGUUAUUUCAACACCCUUUCCGAGCUGAAGGCUAAGAUUGAACAGGAGACCUUGAAUAAUGCUGGGCUGCUUUUAAGAAUUGAUAAUGCCAAACUUGCUGCUGAUGAUUUCAAAGUGAAAUUGGAAUCUGAGGUAGCCAUGCGUUUGUCCCUGGAGGGGGACAUCAAUGGACUACGAAAAGUUUUGGAUGAUGUAAACGCAAGCCGGGCUAGCUUGCAGGUCCAGGUGGACAAUCUACAAGAGGAACUGGCCUUCCUUAAGAGAAACCAUGAGGAGGAAGUGGCGUCUCUCCAGGGACGACUUGGGGGUACUGUCAAUGUGGAAGUGGAUUCCAUGCCAGGUGUGGAUCUGCAGAAGGUUCUGGCUGAGAUCCGUGACCAGUAUGAGGAGGUUAUGGAGAAGAACCGCCAGGAAGCUGAGGCACUGCACAAAGCCCAGUGUGAUGCAAUCAACCAGCGGGUUGCUGACAGCAGUGAAGCCCUCCAGGCUGCACAACUGAAGAUCACAGAGCUGAAACGGUUGGCUCAGGCCUUGGAGAUUGAGCUACAGUCUCUCCGGAGCACGAAAAUAGCCCUGGAGGGUACCCUGGUGGAGACUGAAUCCCGCUAUGGGAUGGAGCUGUCACGGUUGCGUGAACUGAUCUCUGCCAAGGAGUCAGAGCUGUUUGAGCUGAGGUCUGAGGCCCAGCGCCAAGCUGAAGAUUACAAGCGGCUGAUGGAUAUCAAAAACAAACUGGAGCAGGAGAUUGCCACUUACCGGCGCCUUCUGGAAGGGCUGGAGACUGAACCACCAUCUCCCCCAGGGCACACCACAAGUCGCCGGGUGAAGACUCUAAUUGAAGAUCUGGUUGAUGGCCAGGUGGUGUCCUCUCGUGUGGAGGAGGUGGAGCAACCACUCUAAAUGAUGUUGAUACGGCAUCCAUAU